GCAGGAGGUGAUAUUUGAAGGGCUGCGGGCACGAGCCAACUUCUGCAGAGCCACGGGCGCCAGGCAGUGGCUGAGAGCAUGGCCUCCCGGGACCCGCCGCCCGCCACCAGCUACGCCCCGCCCGACGUGCCCUCGGGGGUCGCGCUGUUCCUCACCAUCCCCUACGCCUUCUUCUUGCCGGAGCUGGUGUUUGGGUGCUGGGUCUGGAUCCUGGUGGCCGCCACCCAGGUAGCAAACCCGUUGCUGCAAGGAUGGGUGAUGUACGUCUCACUCACCUCCUUCCUCAUCUCCUUCAUGUUCCUGUUGUCUUACUUGCUUGGAUUUUACAAAAAAUACGAGUCCUGGAAAGUCCUGGACAGCCUGUGCCACGGGGCCACUGCCAUCCUGUACACGAGUGCGGCCGUCUUACAGGUGCAUGCCACGAUCGUCUCUGAGACCCAGAACCUGAGCAAUUACUACAUCAACACCACAGCCUCGUUCUUUGCCUUUAUCACCACCCUGCUGUACAUCCUCCACGCCUUCAGUAACUACUACCACUGAAGAGGCGGGG